CGGGAGUAAUUGAUAAAUAUAAUAGCAAAAUUAAAGUAGGAAGUAGCUAUGUUGAAAGUAUCACUGACUAUGUUGGUGAAAAGAUAGUUAAACAUGACCAAAAAAAUCUUGCUGAGGAAUACUCGAACUUAGAAAAUGUUUCUCCAUCCUUUCAAAGCAAGGCUGAAGUAGCAGUGUUCGAGGAAGAAAUAGAUAAAGUUGAAACUAAGGUUGAAGAAAAACCUAAAACUGGUUGA